CGUUCAUUCUGAAUGCAACCUUAUCGCCUCGUAAAGUUUUUGUGUUUGGGUUGUAUUGAGAUAUUGAGUCAUAUUUUGAUACUUCAAUUUCUAUAAUAAAAUUUCCUUGAAGUAAAAAACAUGUUUUUAAUGUAAAUUUCGGUCGAGUUGUUCAUCCAUGUUAAUUAGUUCGCUCAAUACUUUGAGGCUUUUCUCACGAACAAUAGAUCGAUAGUACGACGAAUCUGUUUAAACUUCUCCCGACGAUUUGUUGUUUCGUGAUUGGUUAUUUAAAAGAGUUAUGAUAUUGAACGUGAAACAUUUGCUCAUCUCAUGAAAUGAGCAAUAAAUACAAACCAGCACAAAAAAAGAAUGUAAAUAAUCCAUUGGUCAAAGGUUCAAGUAAAUCUCGCUCGGAGUAUUCGGAAGAUACCAGUGUUAAUAAAAUCACCAAACCAUUUACAUCUACUAAAAUUGCGGACUUGGAGAACGGGAAUUACGUACACAAUAAGACUGAUAGGUUAAGAUCGUUACAAUAUGGCAAUCAAAACUCGUGCAAUAAUCCCGCCAAUAAAAAUACAUCGUUUUGUAGAAGUACCGAUGAUGAGUAUCCAGAAAGAAGAAAACGUACGCCGGUUAGUACGGGAUUAAGCGAUAGUUUUCCUUCGUGCUGUUACAAUAAUUCAGAUACCAAAACGGGGACAGGGAAUUCGGUUUUUGGACGUUUUUAUGCGGACGAUAAAAAGAAUAGCUCGACCAGCAGCGGUAGCAGUGGUACAUCUUUGAAGCGAGUCUCCCGAACGACUCUACGUUCGUAUUCGACUUCGGAAAGCUCGACAGGCGGCUACCAUCAGCAACGUCAUCAUCAACAACAAUAUGAAAAAAGCAAACAACAGAUUUUCCAAUCGACUCGACACUCUAGCUUACAAAGAUCAUUCGAUACGGACAACUUGCGUCGACAAACGUCGUCCUUACGAAGUAACAUCGUCGGAAUCAGCUCCUCGAAACAAAGUAGUUCUCCGCUACGUGGUAGUCCGGUUCGCGAAACAGUCGCUCGACGUGUACCGUCGCGUAAAUCGCCAACGAAUCUGUCCUCCGGUUGCGCUUUAAAUCAAACUAAUCUCGCUUCUUCGUCUAGUAUUAUUAAUAAAUUUAACAAUAAUAGUUCGUCGUCGUCGUUGUCGCCCAACGCCGCGAAUACUUCUGGUUCGAAUAAAGUCUCGAGACCAAUGUCCGAUGCGAAUAGUUCCGGCGAUAAAUACGAUUCGACUGAUAGCGGAGACGGUUCGGUCAUCAGAGGUGCUUUAGAUGCGGUUGCGUUGGCCGAAGACGAAGACUCGUCAUCGGUCGAAAUACUCCCCGAGCCGGAGUCGUCGGACAGGUAUCCGGCCUCUUCGUCGUCCAGUUCGCCUACGUUGACCGGUACCAGGACUUCGGCUCCUGUUACCAUUCCGGCUGUGAUCACUACUACUCCUGAUAACGUCGUCGCCGAACCUGAAACCGAACCUCCGUCUGAUCAGAGUACGUCCGCAGCUGAUCCCAAAAUGCCUGCUUUGCAUGCGAGACUCGCCAGCGAAGACGAUGAUGAAGAUAAGGAGAAGGCUAUUGGAGUAUCUCCCGAUGGAAGGUAUUUGAAAUUCGACGAAGAAAUCGGACGUGGGAGUUUCAAAACCGUGUAUCGUGGACUAGAUACGGAAACUGGCGUUUCAGUGGCAUGGUGCGAAUUACAGGAAAAUAAAUUGAAUAAGGCUGAAAGACAACGAUUUCGAGAAGAAGCCGAAAUGUUGAAAAGACUACAACAUUCGAAUAUCGUACGAUUUUACGAUUACUGGGAAGUUACCAAUACUAAACGAAAGUAUAUAGUUUUAGUCACCGAACUUAUGACUUCGGGAACGUUAAAGUCAUAUCUACGACGAUUUAAGAAAAUGAAUACGAAAAUAUUGAAGUCGUGGUGUCGACAGAUUUUAAAAGGUUUAAGUUUCUUACAUUCCCGCAAUCCGCCGAUUAUUCAUAGGGAUUUGAAAUGCGAUAAUAUUUUCAUUACUGGAACAUCGGGAUGCGUGAAAAUCGGCGAUUUAGGUUUAGCUACGUUGAAGAAUCGAUCUUUCGCUAAAUCGGUUAUAGGAACCCCCGAAUUCAUGGCACCUGAAAUGUACGACGAACAGUAUGACGAAAAAGUUGACGUGUACGCGUUUGGUAUGUGUAUGUUAGAAAUGAUUACAUCCGAAUAUCCAUAUACGGAGUGCAAAGGUCCGGCUCAGAUUUACAAGAAAGUUGUCAACGGUAUUAAACCGAUGAAUUAUCAUAAAGUUGACAAUUCCGAAGUAAGAGACGUUAUCGAUUUAUGUAUACAAUUGAAAAAAGAAAACCGUCCUACCAUUAAGGAGCUCUUAGAUCACGAAUUUUUUGUCGAAGAAUUAGGCCUGAAGUUGGAAAUCGUGGAACGAGAAGAAAGCGUGGCUUCUAAUUCGACCAAAAUCCUUUUCCGAUUACGAGUUAUUGAUACUAAUAAGAGGACGAAAAAAUAUAAAGAAAAUGAAGCUGUUCAGUUCGAAUACGAUUUGAAUGUCGAUAAUGCUAAGGAAAUCGCUGCUGAUAUGGCGAAUUCGGGCCAUAUUUUCGAAGAUGAUGUACGUUUUGUAGUUCAAAUGAUGAAUUCGCGAAUCAAUAGCUACGUUCGCGAUUGCAAAGCUAUGCAGUUGACCAAGUUGAUGGCCAUGACUCAUGUACCUCCGCCGGUUCAUACUGCAGAAGAAAUUUCCAACUUAGAUACGAUGGCGAAUUUAUCAUUAGACCAGCAAAACGCAUUACCUCCGAAUUACGGCUACAAUGGCGAACUGGAGCUCGCUCAGUCGCAGAUGAACGCCAUGAUUCAGCAAUCGUUUGUUGCCUACCAGCCUCAGCUAGCUGCCGCAGCGGUUCAAGAUAUUCAGCAGCAAAUACAGCAAACUCAACAACAACAGCAGCAACAGCCACUCUACCCGAAUGCUGAUGCUCAACUCGCUUAUCAAGUCGAAAUGUCCGAGCAGAUAGCUUUAGCUCAGUUCGAUUACAUCCAACAGCAACAACAACAACAACAACAGCAGCAGCAGCAGCAACAACAACAACAGUUGCAACAACAAGUAGCAGCAGCAGCCGCCGCUCAGCAAAUGCAACAGAUGCAACAACAACAGCAACAGCAGUCUGCAGCCGUCCAGCAAAUACAGCAGGCCGCUGCUGCCCAAAUGAAUGUAGUUGGUGGCGGCGCAGGCGAUUUAUCGUCUUCACCGCAGCAGCAGCAGCAGCAACAACAGAAUACAAUGCAACCGCAAAUGCAACAGUACCAGUCUUUCAAUGUACAACCUCCUCCUAGUCAAUAUACGGUCUCUGAUACGCAGUAUUUUCACAAUAAUGGCGAAAAUGGAGGUGGAAUGCCUCUCCCGGCACAAGCCGGUGUCCAGUAUUCGACCGAUGGUUCGCAGAUACCGACUACGAAUGGUACCGUUAUCGCGAAUCAGUACACGAAUGAACAGGUCGACGUCCCCAGUCAGCACCUGCUUCAUCAAAAAGAUGACUUUCAAUUACAGUCCAGAUCGAGCGGAGGUCGUUCGUAUUCGUCACAAGCUGACAUUCAGAGUCAACAAAACAUGGGCCAAAAUCAACAACUGGACUAUAGUCAAUCAUACUCACAGACUGCUCAGUUUCAGCCCCAGCAGCAAUAUCCUGCAAAUGGUGAUCGAACUCAGCAACCGCAGCAUCAACUGCAACAAUUAGAUUCUAGUCAAAAUACUUACCAGUCACAGCAGCAGCAGCAACCCCCUACAAAUGAGACAACUCAACAGGCAGAUAUGCAAAUGUCUGCAUCCAAUUUUCAACAAACGACUGCGUCGUUUAUAUCCCAACAACAACAACAGCAGCAGCAACAGCCGAACCAAAUCCAACAACAAUCGCAGUUGGAAUAUUUGCAGAAUCAGCCAUUUACCGGAGCCGAGAUGCCUCCUACAUCGAUGCCUUUUUACCCACUGGUUAAAAAUCCAGAUGUACCUCUCGGUUAUGCAGUCCAAUUCCCCGGCCAGGAAAAUCUGGCUCAAGCAUACGUUACGGAUGGCCAGCCCAAAGAGAAUCAGCAACAAUACGUGCCGGUAUCUUUACCACAGUACGGUAAUUUCGUCGCUGCUGCUCCAAAUCUGCGCGAGUUCGCCGAAGUUUUCCAACAAUCUGCGAAUAUUCCAACCAGUCAGAGUGAUUUCACGAGGCUGCAGCAACUCUACACCCUCCAGCAACAGUAUCUGAAUAAGUUGCCUCCGUCUCAGCAGAAUCUGCCUUAUCAGCAGCCUCCUCCUGCGGCUGCCGCGCAAAUAAUGCAACAGUUCCAACCUAUGAACGCUCAACAACCUUUUCAGCAACAAUUCUUACGGCAGCCUCCGCCGAAUAUGUUGAAUCAGCAAGGUCAAAUGGUUCAAGGGCUCUUGCAACAGCAGCAAAUCGAUCCUCAGACGAUGGCCGCUGUUUCCAAAGAGCCUAUCAAUAUGCAGUAUUAUAAGAUGCAUUCGCAAAGCCUGGAUAUACCUGCGACUCAAAUGCCCGCCUAUUCGAUGGCCUCGCAGCAGACCGUAGAUGAUUCGAAAUACUCGCAAAAUGGCGCCACGUCUCGUACGCAGCAAGAUGUAAUGCAAAAUCAAUCGUACGCUAAACCACCGUCGACGUCGUAUGGCGAAACGCUGUCAUCGUCGCAAUUCAAGAAUACCACCGAUAUGAGCCAAAUACUUUCACAAAUCCCACCCGACUUAGCUGCAACAUUUCAAGCUUUCUUGAACGCUCAGUAUAAUCAAGCCCUAGCAUCCGGUGCCUCGGUGCCGGGAAUUCAAUCGUAUUGCGCCGUUCCUCCGCAGCAGCAGCAGCCACAGCAACAACAACAGCAACAAAACAUGUACGGGAAUUUACCACCGCCUCAGGCGCCAUCCGCGUCGAAUCAGAUGACUGCUAAAUUAGAAGAAAAUCAAAAUUAUCCGAACAUGGAGCAAGAAUCGUUCAUGCAGUUACAGAAACAAAUGGCGUUGAUGAAUUUACAGUUGCAAGCGGCCGCUGCCAAUUCUCAAGGAGCCGAUAUGACGAGAAAACCUCCGGAAGAAUUUCUAGCUCAAUUGUACCAACAUCCGGAAUUAUCGGCUCAGAUCAAAGGUGCGAACGAAAUGUGGAAAAACCAGCCUCAAAAUUCGCUGGAUUUGUCUGCGAUGCAGUACGUUCCCGUAUCGUCGGCCGAAAUGCAACAACAUCUGCAAAUGCAGGCGCGACAAAACACCAAUUUCUUGCAGUCGCAGAUGGAGAAUUAUCUGCAGAUGUGCGGUCAAUACCAGCAACCAGUUGCGACCAUGUUGCAACAACCGCCACCGCCUCAGCAGCAGGCACAGGCACAACAGCAGUACCAAGUUCAAUCUCAGAAUCAGGUACCUACUUCGAUGGGCAAUGUGGAGGCAGGUCAGCAGUAUGGUCAAGAUGUUAUGUUAAACGCUCAGUACGAGGCUCAAAAUGCUGCUUAUCAACAACAACAGCAACAACAGCAGCAGCAGCAGCAACAACAACAAUAUGUGCAAAAUGUAGGGGGUAAUUUUGUUGAUAAUCAAACCAGGCAGCAUAGCGAACCAACUCAGAAUUUUCAGCAGUCGUAUCAGCAGCCUCAGAAUGAUGUUUUGCCCCAAACUGUGGACAAUUCGACUGGAGGGUAUCAACAGAAUGAGAAUCAAAAUGUUGAAAACGUGGCGGUAUCAACGGGAAAUGUGUACGUGCCUAUGUCUCAAGAGAUACCUCCUGCUUCUAAUGGUAAUGUCGUGAAUGUGAAUAUUGGAAUGAUUAAUCCAAAUAGAACGACGGAUGUGGUUGGCAGCGUAGCUCAAAAUGAUCAAGGCAAUCAAAUGGUAUGUCCUGAUGGAAGGUCACAGAUGAAUCAGUCAGUGGUUAUGAGCAAUGUUCCUUCUAACGUUGGGGGUCUGGUUAGCGGCGCAGAAUCAACACCAACGCCGAUGAUAUCAUCGUACGGAGAUCUGUACAUAGGAAACGAUUCGUCUCUGGCGGAUCUGGCAACUAGUCAAAUGGUGGUGGACAAUACACCCGUUCUAUCCGACGUAAGUGUUCAACAUCAUCACCAUCAACCUCAACAACAACAACAACAGCUGCAGCAAAAGCAACAGCAACAGCAUCAGGGGGUAUGCGUUAGCGGCUCGGCAGCUUGCUGUUCUUUGCCUCAGUGUGAUACGUGCCUUGGCUUGCUUCAUUCGCAACAAAAUCCGCUUCUCGCUCAAUCCACUUUUGUUAUAAAUUGUGUGCGAUCUCAGUUAGAUAGUGCUAGUCAUACCAAUAAUAGUCAGAGUGUAAACAAAACAGCCACCGGCGGCGCUGGUGCUGGUACGUUCGCGACGCCUUCGCCGUCCGCUGCGUCCGCGUUGGACACCCAACGUAAAAUAUCCGUGAUGUCGAAUCAGUCAACAAUGUCAACGGAUUCGGACUACGUUUCCGAUACGAAUAAUUUAUACUUAGAUAAUCAUAUGAUGAGGAAGUUAUCGGACACCAAUUGCUACGAACCUCCCAAUGCGGCAGAAGCGUGUAAUUUCGCUAAACCGGCGUCGUGUAAUUUAUCGUUGAAUUUAUCCGGAAUCGGAACGUGGACCAAGUUCUCCAAGGAUCAGAGUUGUCAGACACCUACGGCCUAUCCUCCCGACUGCACCGAUGCUAAGAACGAAGUGAAAUUAUCGGAUAUUCACAGACAGAUGUCGUUCGGUACCGAAUCGAAUUCCUCGUUCGACGAUCCUAAACGUAAAAUAUCGAAUAUAUCGACUAUUUCAACCUUAUCGUCGCUAUCGACCGAAUCUACCAGUACUUUUGAUACGAUUACCUUAGGUCCGGAUAACGCCAGCCAAGAUGAAUUCUACAUCGAUACGAACGCCAAGUACCCGGAUAUUACGAUUAAACCCGCUCAAGUCGAAUCGACGGGUCAAAACGAAGACGCACUGGAAUGCGUCGAUGUAAGAAAUCUAGGCGACCUGAAGGCUAAGCAACCUUUGAUGAAACGCAGAAGUAAACCAUCGGUUCCGAAGCUAAAUGUUUUGAGUGUUUUGGAAGAUGGCCAAGUCGAAUGUCAGUUAGAGGUGACUAGACAAAAAAUUGUCACGUUUGGAUUCAACCAUAACGAAAUGACAGCUGCCGAAGUGGCUGAUAAAUUGUUGGCUGAAAAGGUGGUAUCGGAGAAUCAUCUAGAUCAGUUGAUGGUUUUACUGAAUGAUCUGACUCGACAAUUGAAAGAGAAUCCUAAUCAGAUACCCGUCCUAUCUUGUAGCCCUGUGCAUAAGGCGAAGGAGGGAGGAGAAGAUAUGGGAGAUGCAGCUUUGCAAAGUGCUUCGAGUGCUGCAGAUUCUGAGCAAGAGUACGGCCAAAACGAUGCUAGUCUUGCCAAUGCUUCCAAAACUGAUCAAGCUCGUGAACAGAAACCAGCUCAAGUUUCGGCUACCGGAUCUCCGGCUCGUAAGAUCUCCAGAUUUUUGGUGAGUCCAGUCAUCGACGAUUUGAUCAAACAAAAAGUGGCCGAAUCCCAAACUUCGGGCUAUUCUCAGCAGCAGAAAGAUUCCUCAGAAGCUGAAAGAACGUCGACUGAGAUCGGCGUUAUUCCUCCAGCCACUGAAAUCGUAGCUCUCGGUGAACUUUCCAGUUCCGGCGAACCUCAAACGAGCACCUACAACGCCUCGUUGAGUGUUGGACGUCCGUUUACUUACACUCCGGGUGCCAAUGUAUCUCCCGAGGCGACUAUUUCGGGCGCUGAUCACGCUCAUUUCAAAGUUCCUCAUCAAGCUUCGUUAGAUACAUCUGGUCCUCAAACGUUACAAGACCUUCAACAAAAAUUAGCUAAAUUAACCUGUCAACCGUUCGAUCUACCGAAUCGUAGUGGUAAUUCUGCUUCGCAAACUGGUACUCCUGGUCAUCAGCCUUUGCACGAGGGUACGUUGCCUCAGAAUCUACAUCAAUCUGUACCGUCUUCGGAGAACGCAUCCGUAGUAGGGUUUUCAGAACCGGGUUUUCAGCAGUUUACUCCUCAAGCAAUGUCUCCUUGCGGUAUUCCCAGCGCAGCUGGUACUUCAAUAUCGACAAUACCUGGAGUCGAACAGCAAUUGCCUAAAGAUACCGAUGCCGGUGCACAUUUUAACGUAUCGACUGAUACUACCGCAUCUGAUGUAGAUAUUAGCCCGGGAACCGGUCACGAUAGCAAAUUACACGAGGCUCCUAGUAUCGCUCAGUCUACAUCUAGAUCACAAGUGACCACCGGUGCGACUUCGGAGCAAAGCAAAGAUGAUCAUGUUCGUGAUAAGAAGCCUUUAGAUUUGGAAAAUCUUAAACAGGAAUUGGAAAAAAUUCACGGAGGGUUCAAAAAAGAAAUUACUAAAGAUUCGUCUCGAUCUGCUCAGAACGAUAAUCAUCACUCUGAGCCUCAUAAACCGUCAACUUUGCCCGCUCCUAUUUCUCCUUCUCAAUUAGCUGCUGCAAAUUUACCUAUACAAAGGGGACGAUUUAGCGUUACAACUCAUCCUCCUUUAAAUUUAUUAAGUAUCGAUGCGGACAGAUUAGAAAAGCUGACCAGUUUAUCGAAUUAUCCUCAGGAAAUGGAAACUUUAUCUAAAAGCGAUACUCAAAUUAAAAUGUCCGAAGAUGAUGUGAAAAUUUUGCUGCAGAGGCAACAGUUAGAAUUAGCAGAACUAAAAAGACGCCACCGCGAAGAACUCGAAGCCUUAUAUCAGCUAGCUUCAGCUCCUGCGACGAUCAGCGCUCCAUCAGACGCCAAUAAUGGCCACAGCGCCACUUCAAUCGACGGCUUAGCUCCUAGAUGUAGCGUAGACGGAUACUCGACCGCUCAGCAAAGCCCCGAAGGUGGUUUACCGGAAGACGCCAUCAGGAAGAUAUCCGAUCCUGGGAUACUUACUGCGACGGUCCCUUCGUCUGCUACGUCUAAAGAAGGCAGCGGCGACCAUCAUUAUCAGCAGCCGGAUCCGAAUAAUCAAUGAUAAUAAGAAAAUUCGUAUUUUUCGGUGAUACCUUUGAUUUUUUUAGUAUAAUAUUGCGCUUAUACAUCGGUCAUUUUCGUAUUAUGUACUUUUUAUCUCUUAUAUUCAACCAUACUGAUUGUAUCGCGUAAGAAUUUCCAUUUCCGCGUUUCCUCCUUCUUCUGUUUUGAUCUAUUAUUUUUAUUAUUGUUACAUCGAAUAUUAUUAUGGCCGUGUGUUUGUCGUAGUGAUGCUGUUUAUUGUGAAAAAUGCAUCGUUGUAUUAAUGGAAUUAUUGGAAGAGAGUUUCUGCGAAGCUUUGGGAUCGAUGUACGAUGUGGUGUGCUUUUAAUCAAGCUUUGUGCGUGUGUGAGUGUGUAAUAUGUAUUUGAUUCUUACGAUGUGAUGAUUGUGAUGAUGUAGUAGUGAUGUGUUGUAUUGACUUGAUAUCGAUGUUAUGUAAAUUGUACCUGAUGAUGAUGAUGAUGAUGAUGAGUCAGAAUGUUUUAUACAUGAUCCCCUCUCCCCCGCCAAAAAAAGAAAAGGUGCAAUAUAUACUACGCUUUUUUCGUUUUAAUUUAUACGCGAAUGUGUGAUGUGAUUUAAAAACGGGGGUUUUAUAGAUGAAAUUUUAUUUACGGCUUUGAAAAAAAAAAUUAUAACGUUGACUUGGUCGAUUUUCAUUUCUUUCUAUCUCCAAGUAGAGUUUAGCUGAUUUAUGUAAUUUCGAAGGAAAAAAAAAAUCUUACUAUUUUUCAAGCCGUCUCGAGUGUAUUUAUUUAUGUAGUUCGGUAAACGAAAGAAAAAAUAUCAUUUUAUUUUUAUUUCUAUCUUCUUUUCUUUUUUUUAUAUAUCGAAAAAUUAUAAAAAAUUAUUAGUUUUAAUUUCUUACUCUUCGUUGUAUCGUGCUGUUUCAGAUAAUUAUCUGUGAUAACAAAUAUGAUAAAAAGGCGAGUUGAUCGGUAUAAAUUAGCUCGCUUGUUAAUAUAUGUACUUAAUUACUGUAAGGCAAAUUUAAUUUUUAUUUUUUUUUUCCUCCCUUCUCUGUUUCUUUUUCAUUGUUGUAUACCGUCUCACCACCUAUCAAACGAUGAUCGGCAGAUUAUUUACAUUUUUAACGUGUUGCGUGGUGCUUUCGGCGAUGUUUCAUUUUCCUUCCUGUGUGUACUUUUUUGUUUUCAUUUUCAUUUUGGUUUCGUUUGGCGUGUGUAUAAAAAUUUUUUCUUUUUUGUUUUUCGCGUCGAGCACGACGAAUUACUAUUUUACGUAUUGUAUAAAUUUUUGAAAAAAAAAAUGUUGUUUCCGUGAUAGAAAUUAUGUAAUGGGAUUCGAGGAUGAACAGUAUUGACGUAAUUUUUAUGUAUUAUUUUUAUCUCUUAACGAGAUGAUGAAAAUUGUGAUGAUUUUUUCCUCCCCCUCCCGUCAAUGCCGGUUUAUUUACCACACGCUUACGACGAUAGCAGACAAAAUAAUCAUUUUGAAAAAAAAUCAACCAUUAUGCACAAUGUUUUUACUUUUACCGUUUAAAUAGUUUCAUGAUGAAUGACGUGUGAAGUUUUUAAGUUUUUUGUUCAAGUUUGAUUAUGUAUUUAUUUAUUUUCUUUUUUUCCUCUUUUUUUUUCUUUGUAUUUUUUUCUCCUAGUUUAUGUAUUUUCAAAGUAGAAAUUCUGGUCAAGUGUACGAACGCGUGAGGUGAUAUGAGGACAGAUAUGGGUACUGGAUGCUGAAAGCGGAUCGGAUGAGAUGAUGAAAUUUGUUAAAUACUGGUAAAAAAAAAUUGAAAACUAUGUAGAUGAGUUUUUGAAAUUUUAAAGAAAAACGAUGAUGAAAUUAGUUUAUUUGAAAGAUUACGACAUUUUUUUCAUCUUGAAAAUGUUUUCUUAAGCGAAUUUUUGUAAUCUAACGAACGUAUAAUUUUAUUCUCUCUCCGGAUCCGCGUCUUCGUUGUUAAUUUUUCUAUUAUUUUGGUCGAUGAAAUGCGUAUAAGAAUUGAGAAAAUUUCGAAACUUGAGUUGAGAUUGAAUUCUGAACCAUCGCGAAGACUUGAGUAUAUUUCGUGAAUGAAAUGAUGAAUCGAUGAAUAGUACUUUGGAAACGACAACGCUUAAAAAUUGCUGUGAUGUGUAGGUAAAAAUAAUUAUGUACAUUAGGAAAGAAUUACAUUGCAUAUAGUACGUAUUAUUUCGAGAGAAAACUCGUACAGAUACUAGUUUCGUAAUAUUGUAUUUUUAUAACGCGACGACGAUGUAUUUGUAAUUUUUUUACGAUUCGUUUAUUGUAGUUGAGUGCUUGUUGUUCUUACUCGUCGAUAGAGAGAUACCUACGUAAGAUAAUAUUAGAAGAAAAUCAAAACCUACGAAAAAUGUCAGCUUAUACGCAUUGUUUUAUGUAGUUGGAAAAUGAAAUCUAUGUAUUUUUGUGGAAAUUGUAUAAUAUUUCGAUGAACCUGUUGCGAGUAAACGAUUCGGGCAAAUGGUUGCUAGAGUUUUGAAAAAUUAUGGUGCUUUAAUAAUGUGUUUUUAGUUGCGAGAGAGUACGAGAUACCUAUUGUUGUGGCAAAAAAGAGUUAUAUAGCGAAAUUUGUAUGUGGUCGAUUGAUCGUCUCGUGUUGUUAAUUUAAUAGCGAUUCGUGUUUGUGUAUUGUUUUAUUAUUUAUUAUUUUUUAAAAUGUAUGAAUUUUUUUCCUCCUUAUUAUUUUCUUUUUUUUCACAAAGCAUUCUAGUCUUUUUGACAUACAUAUUAACCAUGGUCUGGAAAUUUCCGUAUGUUAGCUGUACCAACUGUACUUUCUAUUAUGAUAUGUAAUAAUCGUGCCCAAAUAUUCGUAUUUUAAACGUUCAGUAAUUUCCAUAAUAUACUUAGAUCAAUAUACAUUUUUAACUAUC